UGAGCACAAAGCACCUGUUGCAGCUCCUCAGCCUCAACACAAGUCACCCUCGAAGACUCGUCUGCAGUGUUUGAACCGGCUGCUGCUGCUGUUACACUUCAGAACAUCGGACACCUGAAGAGGACGAUGGCUUCUUUCACCUGCAAGGCGCUGACUUUGUUCUUCCUCGGCAUGGCUGUGCAAGAGAGUUGUGGACUCCCCUUAUCAGACGGGGCAGAGCUGCCAGCUCAGGCUCCACAGCAACACCGAGUCAGGACCAAACGCUGCUCUUGCAACAGCUGGGAUGAUAAAGAAUGCAUCUACUUCUGCCACCUGGACAUUAUUUGGGUCAACACGCCAAGUAAGCUCCUUCCCUAUGGCCUCGGAAGCCCUCCGUCUCGCCGCCGCCGCUCAGCCGAGCGAUGCGAAUGCCUCAGGGCGACCGAUGAAACCUGCUCCGGCUUCUGCCAGGAAAGCUCAAAGAAUCCAAGGCCGAAUGUCUCGGGCCGAUCGGUGGAGUCUGCGAGCACAAACCGCAACAAACUGCUGGAAUCUUUCAGAUCUGUGGUGAAGUCCAACAUUGCGAUCGCAAAAGAGGUCCUGUCAUCAAACAAGAACCUGGGAGGAUGAAACCGAGUGAGCAGCGGGACGAGGAGGCAGAGGACGGAGCGAAAACCAGAGGCGUCAACCUCCAUGGAAUUGACCUCCAUGGGCCGGAGACUUCUCCGGCUACCUUCAAUGCCGGCAUCGGGGACUCUAAGAGUCUCGGUCGAUGUGAAGGUGGAAGGAUGGAAGGAAACAAAGGCAUUGGAUCGAGCGUUCGAUCAACUAAACAGUGCCUCGAAGGACUGGCAGCUCAGCGAGACAGAAACCCUACAGCAAGAACAAUGCUGGGUGGAGACGUCUAGAGUUAUUUCACGAACUCUCUUUGAACCGUUUUGAACAUGUCAACAGAUGCCAAGAAAAGAUUCAUUGAAGCCGAGGACGAGGAAAGUCGGCGUCUGCCCUUUUGGGGGAACCACAUCGAUGAGGUCCAGCGUGACGGAUCAGUCGCCGAUCGAGAGUUCUUCUGUUUUUAUAAACCCUCCCGUGGUUCGUCUGAUUGGGCAGCUCACCCGCCACGAGGAUUGUAGGACCACUAGAUAUUCCAGAGUCAUAUUUUCAAUUCUCAAUUGUCAAUGUUUACUCUGUUAUCCUUGCUAUCAAUGCUUUAUAGUCCUCUGCAUCAGAGCUGGAAUCUGCUACCUUAGCCAGUCCUUAGGGCCAAUAAGCGAUUAUGAUUAUCAGACAGUACUUGAAGAUGGCAGCUCGUUCGUUCUUUGCACAUAUGGCCUCAGUGGAAUGAAGGUCAUUUCUUUGGGAUUUGUCUUGCAAACAAUUAGCUUUGUACAAGGUCUAUUGUCAGCUCCCACACACAUCCAUAUUCAUGCAACUUUCUGCUAGCAACAACAUUGGGUCUAUUGUGUUGGCCCCAGUGUUUAUUGCAUAGCUUCAGUUUAAUGUUUUGAUUAAAGAUAAGCCAAAGGGUUUCAAUGGCUUGCAGCUUGCCAAAAAAUGCAACAGUUGUUUUUCUCCCCUGACAAGUAUUCACCUAAAUCUUUUGUAAUUAGCCACUGGGAAACAAUGACUCUCGACUUUGCACUUCAAAGCUAUUUGUCUGUGGGCUGCACUUUUUCUAUGCCGUAAAAUCCAUUUACUCCAUCCAUGAUUGUAGUAAAGUCACAGACACAUGGAAAUAUAGAACUUCUUUGUACUUAAACAUCUCCAUCCUCAGAUUUCUCAGCAUUGUAUAUGAUGGAGGUUUAAAAUGUCUAAGGUAUAACACCUGAAUUGUAUAUAUAAUGUAUUUAUUCUCUAACUUAUUCAGAGAUGUAUUUAUAUUUGUAUGAACGAUGCACUGACUUUUGUAUAAAAAUGCAAAAAAACCCAGAA